UACUUUUUUUAGUGUAAGUUGAAUUUUCAGGCAGUGUGCACAGUUGUAUAUAAAAUGUUGGUGUUCUAAGUACGAGUUGUCGAGUGGAGAUGCGGUUACUGUGUGUGUUGAUUCUGCAAGGUCUGCUCUGCUUGGCGGCCCAUACUCCUACAGACAGUUGCUGUGCUCCCAAUGUCACCGUGGUAGCUGGAGAGGCCCCUCCCCUUAGAAAGUAUGAGUACGCCACCUCUGUAGUGGACACUGAGUACAUUGUCAUGUUCAAUGCCUACUACACCAGUGAUGCCCGUGACGGCUUCAUAUCAGCUGCUCUAAAGCUACAUCCUGAUUGGUCGAUUGUCCCACGCUCCAACCCCAGUCAGGAUUACCCCAGUGACUUCUCCUUGGUCCAACUGAGAACUCAUGUGCCCCGGGCUGUGACAUCACUGGAGCACCAUCCCACAGUCAAGAGAGUCACACCACAGCGCAAACUCACAAGGAUGCUGGCAUUCUCCAGUGAAGAGAGUAAUGUUGGCUGCUCUGGUCAAGACUGCUGGGAGACCACUUGGAAAUCAAGGAGGCAGUUGAGCAAAUCGGCCCUUAACGAAGCAGCUCCUGGGAGGCACUGGUACGCUGGACGUCGUCUCAUGCGAGCUAUCCCACGUCAGGUGACCUCUGCCCUCCAAGCGGAUGUCUUGUGGAGCAUGGGUCACACGGGCAAAGGAAUUAAAGUUGCCAUUUUCGACACUGGACUCGCCAAAAACCACCCUCACUUCCGUCGUGUGAAGGACCGGACAAACUGGACUGAUGAGAAAAGCUUGGAUGACGGUUUAGGACACGGUACAUUUGUUGCCGGGGUGAUUGCGAGUUCGUCCGAGUGUCUGGGAUUUGUACCCGAUUCUGAUCUCUACGUGUUCAGAGUAUUCACCAAUAAUCAGGUGUCGUACACUUCGUGGUUUCUGGAUGCAUUCAACUAUGCCAUACUGAAAGGCAUUGACGUGCUCAACCUCAGCAUAGGAGGUCCCGACUUUUUAGAUCAGCCGUUUGUGGACAAGGUGUGGGAGUUGACUGCCAACAAUGUUAUCAUGGUAUCUGCCAUCGGCAACGAUGGACCUCUCUACGGGACACUAAACAACCCGGCAGACAUGAUGGACGUGAUUGGCAUAGGAGGAAUCAACUUUGAGGACGAGAUAGCUCGAUUUUCAUCAAGGGGAAUGACCACAUGGGAGCUUCCCUCUGGUUACGGUCGUGUGAAACCUGACAUAGUGACGUACGGCUCCGGGGUUCGAGGGUCAGCGUUGGGCGGUGGGUGUCGAUCUCUGAGUGGCACUAGUGUGGCUUCCCCUGUAGUGGCGGGGGCGGUUGCUCUAUUGGCCGGAGCUGUCAAGCAUAACCACGUCAACCCAGCCAGCAUGAAACAAGCACUGAUAUCAUCUGCUCAGCGUCUACCUGGAGUGAACAUGUUUGAACAAGGUCAUGGUAAACUGGACUUGCUCAGAGCAUACCAUGAACUCAACACAUACAAGCCUCAAGCAAGUCUUAGCCCCAGCUACAUUGACCUGACUGAGUGCCCCUACUUCUGGCCCUACUGCUCCCAGCCCAUGUACUAUGGGGGAGCCCCUGUCAUUGUUAAUGUUACGAUUCUGAAUGGAAUGGCUGUGACUGGGCGUAUCGUCAACAAGCCAACAUGGCACCCGUAUUUGAGUCGCCAUGGUCACCUGCUGGAUGUGUCCCUCUCCUAUCCGGCCCUCCUCUGGCCAUGGUCCGGGUACCUUGCCGUGAGCCUGGGUAUCAGCAAGGAGGGGUCAGAGUUCAACGGGGAGGUCGAAGGUCAUAUAUCACUGACUGUUUCUUCAAGUUCAACAGGGUCCAGCGAGACCACCCUGUCCACAGUGAACCUUGCAGUGAAGGUGGCAGUCAUUCCCACUCCCGCACGCCAUCGACGAGUUCUCUGGGAUCAGUUCCACAACCUCCGCUAUCCGGCCGGCUACUUCCCCCGGGAUAACCUACGCAUGAAAAAUGACCCACUGGAUUGGAAUGGUGACCACAUCCACACUAACUUUAGAGACAUGUACAACAGUCUGCGAGCGAGUGGUUACUUUGUGGAGGUCCUCGGUUCUCCGUACACCUGCUUUGAUGCGAGUCAGUAUGGAGCUCUGCUUGUGGUGGACAGUGAGGAGGAGUUCUUCCCAGAGGAGAUUGAGAAGUUGAGGGUGGACGUGGCCGAGAAGGGACUCUCUCUUAUUGUAUUUGCUGAUUGGUACAAUAUGGAGGUGAUGCGUAAGAUAAAGUUCUACGAUGAGAACACCCGACAGUGGUGGAUGCCUGACACUGGGGGAGCCAACAUCCCUGCCCUCAAUGACCUGCUCAAACCCUGGGACAUCACACUCAGCAAUGAGGUGCUUGAGGGUGAGUUCAGCCUGGCAGACCACAUCGUCAACUAUGCCUCAGGCACUAGCAUAGCCCACUGGCCCGAGAGUGGUGGUGGUCUCAUUGCUAGAGACCUCAACGAUCAAGGCUCAGAGGUGGUGACCGGUGGUAGCACUCUCCUUCACGACGUACCAGUACUGGGGUUCUAUCAGACACCCUCGGAGGGGGGUGGUCGUAUCGUUGUGUACGGGGACUCUAACUGUCUGGACAGUGCCCACCUUCAAAGGGACUGUUUCUGGCUCCUCAACUCUCUACUCAAGUACGCAGCCACUCCCAAUGCACAGCCACCCUUCACUCCCAGUCAGAAGAUCAGACUGCCUCCCCUCGGGCUGCCAAAGAGGAUGGAAGGUAAUCGUCUUCACCACUACUCAAGAGUACUCGAUCCAAAUGACCCCACCCACACUCGACCUUUGCCCUCUUGUCCACAAUUGAAAUGGGCCAUUCCGAAACCAUUAAAUUCGUCAAAUCUUGGGAAAAUAUUCCGUCCUAAAAAUCCAUUAUCGGCCACUGAAGAAGGUCCAAUCAGUCCGAACCGAAACUUAAAGUCAAUGGGACAUGUGAUUCCAUUUGAUGAGUACCAAGAUCGAUCCCCUAGUUUCCUAUUAGUGGGAAUUGUGGGCGUGUCCCUCGUUGUAUUGUGGUACAUGUGUAGACGACAUCGAAAAAGACCCCGAAGUCGAAGAUCUUUGUUUGCAAUCAAAGUUUGAAUUUUCUGCAUGAGGAUUGAUUUGUUCUACCGACCGGCUGAUGUAAAGAUGCAUGCUAUGGGACAUUGAGGCUCUACUUCUAUAAGUGCUGACCAACUUUAUUAUAAUAUAUAACUAUGUCAUAUGGGAAUAAUUAUAAGUUAGUAAUUAUACAAUCAUGUGCAUGUAUUAUACGUACCUAUAAUUAUCUGUACAACCAUUAUUUAUGAUGCUCGUAUUAUCACUAUAAAAGUAUUGACAACUUUGAA